UCCCAUUGGCUGCGCGGAGAGCCUAUCGCCUCCCGGCUCCUUGCGCGGGGCCGGCAACCGCUGUACACAGAGCGCGGGAUGCGCGGGCGUCUCCUCAGCGCCAUGAACCUGGGGUGAGGACGGACGGGACGAGGGCCGCGCCAUGAACCUGGGAGAUGGACUGAAGCUUGAAACUGAAAUACUGGAUGGAAAACCCAGGCUAAUUUUAGCUGCUUCUGAUAAAUCGAAACCUGCAACGAAGAUGGGUAAUAAAGCCAGAGCACCUAAGCAGGCCCCGAGACUAAGGAAUACUGGGCAUGUUCUGCAUUCCACACAAAAUGCUGGUAACAAGCAGGAAAACUUAACGAAACCAAGGAGUGAGUCAAGCUUAUCAACAACAAAAGGUGAAAAACUGCAAGUUACUAAACACUCCCCGCGUGAAACCACAACUAGAGAUCACUCUUUGAUUUUCCAAAGAGGCAGCACAAACAGGUGUCCUGAUUCAGAGAAUCCUGAUGUUGUUACAAAAAGUAAACAGAAACCUCAAACCCCGCGUGUGUCAGCUGAAGACCUCAGAAGUGUGGCAUGUUUAACACAAGAACAGCUUCAGCAGAUAUUGAUGACAAUAAAAGAAGGAACAAGAAGCAUUUGUGAGACUCAUAAUGAAAAGCAAGAGGAAAUGGCUACUAAUGAGGCAUCAGAGAUAAACAGUAUAACAUUGCUUCACAAACCUUGUGAAGCUUCACCUGUUCCAGAUGAAACUAACUCCGAUUCAAGCAGGAAACAAGAAGGACAUCCACAGCCAGGACAGAAAGUUACAAAGGAUUCCUGGAAACCUGCUGACAUGUUUAGUACCUUGGGUGAAAGAGAAGGGGAGAAAGCCUUACUAGAGUUUAGAAAGACCCAGUGGAAGAAGGAAUUAGAUGAACAGGUAGCACUGAAAAAGAAACUGAAGGAAACUUUGGAGGGAGAGGUGGGAUGUUUCUGGGCAAAACCCCACAAUAACAAAGCCCAUAAAGAGAAGGUGGAAACGCUUGAUCCAGAUAAGACGUUGUUUCCAGCUGAGUCAGUAACUCCCCCUGGGGAAGACUCUGUCUGUACAGCUGCUUUCACCACAGAGGCUCCUCAGGGCCCACUGAGUGUUUCCUGUGCUCCAGCUGGGCAGUCUGCAGAUUUCAGUUCGGACUUUCCAGCUGCCAACCUCACAGCAUUUGUUUUAGGGGAAGCUGUGCCACAGGAACGACCUUUUAGUGCUUUGAAGCACGAGCAACAGAAAAAGUGGCUUGAAGAGCUGGACAAACAGAAGGAAGAAGCUAAGCUACGAAAAAUAGAAGAAAAACUUAGUUUAUCAAAGGCUGAAGAGCAUGACAGAUGGGCAAUGCAUUUUGAUUCUGUAAAGAACCAGCUUAGUGCUAACGCGCAGCACCCCUUCCCCGGGAGGUACCCAGAGCAGCCUGACAGCCUUUGCCUGUCCCCUGGCCCUAAGGAGCUGACUGCUUUUGUUCACCCUUUUUCACCUGCAGCUUUAGGCAACCUCAUGCCCUCAAAGGUGGGAAAUGCAGAAAAAGCUGCUAAAACUGGUGCUUUGGAACACAGUCAGAAAGUCAGUUUCCUGCGUUCAAUGACAGCUCUCCUGGACCCUGCCCAGCUUGAAGAGCGAGACAGGCGGCGGCAGAAACAGUUGGAGCAUCAGAAGGCAAUAAUGGCUCAGGUUGAGGAAAAACGGAAGAAGAAGCAGCUGGAGGAAGAGCAGAGAAGAUGGGAAGAACAAGAGGAAGAAGAGCGCCUGGCACGGGAGAAAGCACAAUUGCAGCAGCAGUUUGAAGAAGAUGUGCUGAGGCAAAAACAAAAGGAGGAACUCGUGACUCUUAAAACAAAUGAGCUUUAUCAGGCAAUGCAGAAAGCUCAAGAAUUAGCGCAGAGAUUAAAACAAGAACAGCGCAUUCGAGACUUGGUGCAGAAGGGACACGACAUUUCCAGACUGCAGAAGAACCUCAGUGGGGGUGAUAAAGAAUUUGAAAAUGGUAAUCCUGACAUUUCCCAUCAGAGUCAUCGUUUUCCUGCUGGCGUUCAGAGCCAGGCGGCCCAGCAGCGUUCUCCUCGGAAGGACACGGCUGUGCAGACAGAUGACUUCAAUAUUUCAGCGUGUACCGAAUCUGCUGAGGAAAGAGCUGCGUGUUGUGGGUCUCCUGAUAUUUCCAUAGAAUAUCAAGAACCCUCUAGCAGCAAAAAAUACCAGAAGGAAAUGCAGAAUAUAGAUAAAAAUAGGACUUCAGGAAAAGAGACUGGAGGCAUUUACAGUGAUCUAUAUGAACUAUAUGCAAGAAAAGAAAGACAAAUUAAACCUUCAGAGAAAUCCAGCAAGAGGCCUGACUGGAACAUAAGGAAGCCUGAGAAAAGGUACAUUCCAGCCUCGGAAAGGUACCCGAAACAGCUACAGAAACAGAGGGCGGAAAACAAAGUGAGACGGCAAAUGGAGCUGCUGCAGCUGGUGGAAAGAAACGCCCCCGGGAACCUCUGCCCGAAAAAGGGGGGAUGUUCAGACCCGUCCCCUUCACCUCACCAGGAAAUAAACCCGAAGCACAAGGACCAGCGAGUCAGGAAGGAAGAGCAAGUACAUAAGAAUCAUUUGAAGGAAGAAAGAUCCGAAUCGCCGCCCGUUCCAGCUGUUAGGAACAGAUCGCACCCGGUACAGCAACACCCGAUCCACGCUGCUCGUUUCAUGGCGCACAACAGCGCUGGUAGAAGAGAGAGGAGCCCCAGGGCGGGCAGAGCCCCCUCCCCACAGUUCGUUCCCUACGUGCGAACAAACGAGGUUUAUUACCUGGAUCCCGACGCCCCAGUGACCAGACCUUCCACCCACGACCCGCAGCAUCGCCCGUGCAACGGUUCUUGCCAAACGCCACGACAGCUCUGCAGCUCUGAUCACGUUCCAGAUCCUCUGCUCAAUCCUGAUGUCGUUAAAAUCAGAGACAGACAACAAGCAAUUCUCAAAGGACUGUCAGAAUUACGCCAGGGCCUCCUGCAGAAGCAGAAGGAGUUGGAGUCUGCUCUGAUUCCCGCCCUGGCUCAGGAUGAGAACUUCACGUCUCCGUUUUGAGAGUAAUUACAGUGGCAAGAUAAGUCAUGGGAUGACUCGGUGCUGCAAUGAGAGGGAGAACCAAAAUUAGACACCAAAGAAUUGCUGUUCAUGCAGGGAAGUUGUGCUUUGCAAACAAUACAAAAACCACAGACAACGCCACGUCUUUGCAAGUCCCUUGUGCAUCAAGAGCUGAGUUUAUUGUUUGUCAUGGAACUGCACCAUUGGUAACUCCAACUGAGGUAUUUAGCCAAAAUCCAGCAGUCAUUGAAAUAACUACACUGCCUCAGGGCUAUGUAAAAACACUUGUACAAAACUCGUGUCAAAUAAAUACAGAAGUUUUGAUAUUUAUGUAAAGAAAA